AUGUAUAAAGAGUCUCAAAUAAUACCUUCCCCAACAGCAGCCACUAGAGUCAGCAGCAUGGAAGACCAACCAAUGAUUAUUGAUCCUUCAAAGCACCAAGUGCCUCGCGUGGAGCCCAAGAUUGCAGUUGACUUUGUAUCUGAGAUUGAUGUUGAGAAGAGUUCCGAUACUGAAUACCGCGGGAAGCUCCCAUUGAGAAAACCUAUAGCAACUCGUCAUGGUGCUUAUGGUGGAGCAUUGUGCUCUCAAGCUAUUUUGGUUGCCAUGAGAUCUGUGCCUUCCGGUUUCAGGCCUCACUCAAUCCACUCAUAUUUCACAAAGGGCGUGCAUGAAGAGUCAGUUAUAGAAUGGAAAGUGCAAAAGAUAUCUGAUGGUAAAACUUAUGCCAAUAGAAUUGUACUUGGUUGUCAAGAGAACGAAGUUGUUUACACUGCCAGUAUUUCACUAACCACAAGAAACGUGACCAAACCAAGAGAUGAUGGAUUGGUACCCUUUAGUUAUCAAAACGAUGCCCCAAGAGAGCUUUUGCAUUACGACAUCAGCAAAUUGAAAGGGAUCGCCAAUCCAAACUUGCACAUUACUCUUCGAGAAACUCCCAAAUCCAAAGUUGAUGAUGUUUAUCCAUACUUGAUCAAAUUUGGUAUUCCAGAAUGUGAGACUGUUUUGCCAGUACCUGAGGAGUACAAGUACUCAUUAUUCACUUGGAUCACAGAUUGGAUGUUUUUAUCAAGAGCAUUUGCUAGUGGUAUAGGAAAAAGGGUCAAGGCUCAAUUUGAUGUUUCUUUGGAUCACACAAUUUAUUUCCAUGACGAUGAUCUAGAUGCCACAAAAUGGGUUGGUGUUAGCAUGAGACCAGGUAGAUCUGAACAUGGAAGAACCUUGAUGACUUGUGAUUUGUACAAUGAAAAGGGAAAGCAUGUUGCUACAGUAGUUCAAGAGCGGUUAUUUAUUGUUAAACCGACUGCACAUUUAUAG